GUUAAUUGUAAUUGAUCUCUGUUUCCCUCUACUGCGACUUGGCUCCUCUCCAGAGCUCUCAUGAUAUCAGAUCCCCUCCCCCCUGUCGCAGACUAGCCGAGCUACCGUGAUUAACAUGAGUAACUGAUGGUGCGACUAAUCGCUCAUUAAUUCCGGAUUUAGAAGAGCUACCGCUUUGAUAUCGAGUGUUACCGCUCGCGGAUCUUAUCGCGUAUAUUCGCUCCGUAGAUAUUAAUUGCACGCCACUCCUCACGAUUGCGACGGAUCGUGAGCUGGAGCGUCACAGAAAAUUUUGGCGCCCAACGUGGGCCGCCGCCGUCGAGAAAGAUCGAUAGUCACAGAGAUUAAUCUGGAGAGGAACAAUCGUAGAGAGUGCUAUUGAAUUUCACUUCGUGUUAUUGUCGAUUUCGUUGCCUUUUUUUCGUUGUCUGCUUCAUCCAUUUCGUUUCAGUGUCCCCCUUUGUAAUUUUAUUUGCCGAUUGAUGAGAUUUUGUAGUAUCUUGUGUUUGCUCCUUAGUUUGCGCACUUACCGAGCCGUUACCGAAUUGAAUGGCUCGGAGGGGGCUUGGAAUUUUGGUGCCUCGCGUAUCUACCACAUGCGGUUGUCGACUGACGCGUACUUAGCCUGAUUGACCGCGUUUCUUUUUUUGUGUACGCGACCCGCCAAAGGCCGUAUUGUUAUUCUCGCGCUUCGCGACUCGAUUUCGUUUGCCCCCGAAUUAUUAUUAUCGAAGGAAUUCAGCUAUUAUCGCCGUAGACGCCACGCCGCUCCGAAAAAGGACAAGGGGAAGAAGAAGCGCGCCAGGCCGGAAAUACCGACGCGACCGCUAACGUUACCGCGGCGAGUACGCGCGUUUAAGGUUGACGAUUUGGUGCUUAAACGGCAGCGUGUGUUGUCGUCGGCGGCACAGAAUUUCGCAGCGAAACUGGCACCGAAGUUCCAGGGCCCCUUCCGGGAUCUCGCCCGUUAUUUACAAAUUAGAAGGCUUGGGAGAGUCAUUCGCGGGGAAGAUUUAUAUACAAGAACUUAAACCCUGUCACCCUUCUAUUUCCGAUCAUUAGAGAUACCAAAAAUGAAGAACCACGAGACCAGGAGGAGGUUGAGGCGACAAUUUAGGCACCGCCAUCGUUCUCUGUGGCAGUUCAUCAACGCUACUGAUGAAGGGUUUUGGCGAGACCCGCAGGAGGUCGCCCUUGGGAUACGCACCGCCUUCCCUCCUAGCAGGAUCGAAGUGAGAGACGCGAUGACCCAAACCGACGGGCUAGUCGAAGCUGCCACUCGGACAGACGACCCUCCACCAGAGGACUCCGUCCCGCCAACUGGACCCUGUCACGAUUUUGCCAUGGGGGAGCGCGCCACGGCGGACCCUAUAAGGGAGCAACUAGUGCCAGCGGAACCACCCCGGAACCCUACAGCAUCGUCCGGAUGUUGGAAUUGCACGGGCGAUCACCGGUACGUCAACUGCCCGCUCCCGAGAAUGCAUUCCUUUUGUUACGGGUGUGGGGAGCGGCAGGUGACGUUAAGAAACUGUCCGAGGUGUGGACCGUUUUACCAACGCACUUCACCCUACCGCGCACCACGAGGCCCACGGGACGGACGUCGGGGGCCACCAUCCCCCGAUAGAACAGAGGACCUAUUCAACAGAUCCCGAUCGGAGACCCGACGCGAUUGAGGAAACUUUAACAUCUUACUACCCUAUAUAUAUUUUUUUGUUUUUGUUCUUUGUUUAUUUUGUUUGCUUAUUUUAUUUGCUCCAUUGUUAUUUUGUUUCGAUAUCGAACUCCUGAUGUGGUUCCCGUUUCUUUUCAUUAUUUCGUUUUAUUUGCGUUUUCUUUUCUUUUCUUUUUCUUUGUUUGCUCCUUACUUUCUCUCCCUUUUGCAUAGAAAUGGAUUUUUGUGUAAGAUGCGUUUGGUAAGAUGUAUUUUUCCGUUUCGUUUUGGGCCAAGCAUCCUCCUAUGAAAUAAACUAGCAGUCGUAUUGAAACCUUCAGUCUUGUCUUGGUUUGACCCCUCCAUCCCUGUCGGAGUAGCCGUAGACGUCCCGCUGUCGCUGACUAGCCGAGCUACCGUAUUAAGUAACGUUCGUGAGUAAUUGGUUGUGCGACUAAUCGCACCUAGCACCCAUUAAUUCCGGAUUUAGAAGACGAAGAGCUACCGCUUCGAUGCCGAGUGUUACCGCUCGCGGGUCGGUUUAUUGCGUAUAUUCGCCCUGUAGAUAUUAAUUGCACGCUACCCCCCACAAUUGAGGCGGAUCGUGGGCUAGGGCGUCGUACUGUGUGCAUAGGUAUGUGUAUGUGCGUUGUGUAUACUUAUACUUUAUUUACCAUCAAUGAUCCCAUCAAUGAUACCAUGAAAUGUAUAAUUUAUCGUAUGCUGUUAAUAAAUAAUAAUUUACGAAGUAUAUUCUUAUGUGUAUGAAAGCCUGUGAGACAUAUAGGAGAGAUUCGCUUUCAAUAUUAUAUAAUUCAGAGAAAAUCUUAAUAUUUAUAUAUAUAUCGCUAAACUUUAGAAUGACGUAUUCGCAAACUACUUAAAUAUACAUUGAUCGCAUUCGUACAAUACAUUGGUGACCAAUAAAUUCACAUAGAUAAUUAAGUGUAUGUAUAUUUACUAAAGCGAUCAUGUCAAUACGCGAAGCGUCGAGAUCUGGAUUUAUGAAGUUUAUUUCAGAACAUGAGAAUAAUUUAUCUUAAAUUUUCUAUCCAACUUAUCUACGAUUUAAAUACUAGUCUCCUCCGCAUGUGUAUAUGUAUAUAUCAUUGCCGACGAUUUUGCCAUUCUUAACAACAAUUUUACAAAUUUUUUUGCAUUAGAUUUUUCAAGACUUUGUAAAACAGCUAGUAACGAUAUAUGUGUAUUUUUCUACGUACAUUUGUAUUAGAAAUAUAUUUUGAGAAAGAUGGUAUAAUAAUACUGUCUCUAAUAAUAAUUUUACUCGUAUGUAAGUGACGAUCUUCUUUACUGAAUCAUAUGAAAUCGUAUGGUCGUAAAUGAGAAAAAUAAGUGUUUUUUUUAUACAUUCGAACGUUUCAACAUUCAUGUUAUUGUUUUGCAUAAUAACCAUAAAACGUUUAGUUUGGUGAAAUUUUCGGCGAAUAUAAUAUAGUUAUCAAGGUGCUGAUAGAGAGUUCAAUGAGAAAUUUUAUGAAAAAUCAUUCUCUUUAUAUCUGAGAAACAAGGUAUGCAGAUAUAAAAAAAAGAAUAAAACGAAAGAUCACGGCGAUUUGAAAUUUACAUACAGCGCAACGAUUUACUUUUAUAUUUAAUUUAAUUUAUAUUUAAUUUUAUAUUUAGUUU